UACAGCUCAAGAACGGGGUAAAAAAGGCAGCAAGGAUAGCCAUGCACGCUCUCGACUUCUCACCCGAACUCCUCGACUACAUCUUCGCUUGGAACGACGACGACAGCGCAUCCCUCACCGCCUGCGCGCGUGUGUGCAAACAGUGGCGCGGACCUGCGCAGUACCUCCUCUUCCAACGCGUCGCCCUCUCCAACCCCGCGUCGUUUCCCGGUCUCUUCCAGGCGCUCCAAACCCAGCCCAGUCUAACCUCAGGUCUGAAAUAUGUCAAGAUAUCCGCCAAAUCCCACCGAAGCAUCUGGUUACACGAGCCCGAGAGUGCAAACCUCGCAGCGUCGAUCCUGGACCUCCUCCCCUCCAUCUCUUCGCUGGAACUGAAGGGUCCUCGGCCGGGGCAGGGGAAACCGGACCACCCACACCGACUCGAGCGCGUCGUAUGGCGCUCCAUCGCACCCCGGCUCCGUGAAUCUGUCUCCCGGGCACUCCGUUCUCCCGACCUCACAUCCUUGCAUAUCAACGGCUGGAUAUUCAAUAUCUGGGCUCAGCAAUUCCACAACCUCGUCUUCUCCACUUCAUCCCUCAAACGCCUUGCCCUCCUCGCCUGUUUCCAGGGUAUCGGCACGCCCUCCAUGAGUAACAACACUAGUACCACCCUCUCCGAAAUGCAGAAACGCGCGCUGAGUGAGAGACUGAGCGAAAUACCCGAGGAGGCGCGGGGUGUAGAUUUGGAUGAGCUGGAGGUGCUCUUGGAUAUGUCCCAGCGCCCGGAUUUGGACCAUUCGGAGAUUAUGCCCGAGUCGGUUGUGGAGGCUAGGUCGGAGUUUGUGUUUCCUCCUGGGUGUAUCUCGUCGACGAGGGGGAUGAAGCUCAUUGUACACCUUGAUCAUGAGUACUACGCCUACCCGCAGUUGAGGGAGCAGCUGCAGACCGAGAUUGCACCGACGGUGAGGGAGUUGACGUUGAUGAAUCCGUUGUGGAGUGAGUCUGUUUUUCUGUUUUUCUAUUUCUAUUACGUGCUUGGUAUCAUGGCAUUGAAGCUAAUUCGAGAAUAUGUAGAUCUCGACAGAUUCUCACCCUCAACUAGCGACGACGACCCAGAACCAAUCUACGACCUCACACACCACACCUCCCUCCAGCACCUCACAAUCCACUACCCCUACAGCCCCCAAACCACACACCUCCCCGCGCUCCUGCACACCCUCCCAAUCAACCACCGCAACACCCUGCAAACCCUCACCAUCCUCGCCCACGUGCACCUCGGGCUCGGGAUGAUUCCAGGGCAAUUCAGCGAGGGAUACAAGGAAGGGUGGAAGAGGCUGGCGGGGACGCUGGCGGGUGGUAGGUUUACGGCGUUUAGGGAGGUGAGGGUGGUUUGGGUGUCGGAUAAGCCGCCGCAGGUGGGGUUUGAGCCGGUGGAGGUGGCGUGGUUUGGGGAGGUGGGGGUUAGGGCGAGUGUGGAGGUGAGGGCUCCCGGGGGGUGGGUUUGCAAGUGGAAUGGAGUGAAUGGGGCAGGGUCGUUGUCCUCUGGUUCUUUGAUAUAG